GAAUUCAAGAUCAGUAUGAAGCUGGAAGCCCAGGACCCCCGGAACACCACCUCCACCUGCAUCGCCACCGUGGUGGGGCUGACGGGCGCGCGCCUGCGCCUGCGCCUCGACGGCAGCGACAACAAGAACGACUUCUGGAGGCUGGUGGACUCUGCUGAGAUCCAGCCCAUAGGCAACUGUGAGAAGAAUGGAGGGAUGCUGCAGCCUCCUCUGGGCUUCCGGCUGAACGCCUCCUCCUGGCCUAUGUUCCUGCUGAAGACUCUGAACGGAGCAGAGAUGGCUCCCCUCAGGAUCUUUCACAAGGAGCCACCAUCUCCAUCCCAAAACUUCUUCAAGACAGGUAUGAAGCUGGAGGCAGUGGACAGGAAGAACCCUCACUUCAUCUGCCCGGCCACCAUUGGGGAGGUGAGAGGUUCUGAGGUCCUGAUAACCUUUGAUGGCUGGAGAGGUGCCUUCGAUUACUGGUGCCGAUAUGAUUCCCGGGACAUCUUUCCCGUAGGCUGGUGCUCGCUGACUGGAGAUAAUCUGCAGCCCCCUGGAACAAAAGUUGUGAUUCCAAAGAGCCCUCUGCCUGCCUCUGAAGUGGGCUCGGAGAAGCCAGGGAUGCAGAGCAGCACAAAGGCUGCUCUGGGGCACCAGCAAGGGCAGAGGCGCCGCAAAGCAGGCAAGAAGCGUGGGCGAGCGACCAAAGCGCUCAUCCACCACCCCAUGCCUGCACCCUCCAAGUCAGUGGAGCCUUUGAAAUUCCCCAGAAAGAGAGGCCCCAAGCCUGGCAGUAAGAGGAAACCUAGGACAUUGCUGAACCCAGCACCCACCUCUCCUACAACCAGUACCCCAGAACCAGACACAAGCACUGUGCCCCAGGACGCUGCUACAAUCCCCAGCUCUGCCAUGCAGGCUCCCACAGUUUGCAUUUACUUGAACAAGAAUGGCAGCACUGGGCCCCACCUAGACAAGAAGAAAGUUCAGCAGCUGCCUGACCACUUUGGACCAGCUCGAGCCUCUGUUGUGCUGCAGCAGGCAGUGCAGGCCUGCAUCGACUGCGCCUACCACCAGAAAACAGUCUUCUCCUUCCUGAAGCAAGGCCAUGGGGGAGAGGUCAUCUCAGCUGUGUUUGAUCGGGAACAGCACACUCUGAACCUGCCAGCAGUAAACAGUAUCAGCUACGUGCUGCGCUUCCUGGAGAAGCUGUGCCACAACCUGCGCAGUGACAACCUCUUUGGGAACCAGCCCUUCUCCCACUGCCCCAUGCAGCGCCCGCACCAGUACGACCACGACAGGUAUCUACCAGACAGAAGCAGCUCCUUAGACGUCUCUCUGCAGGGACCGGGCCGGGGGGCCAAGCGCUAUUGCCAAGAGUCCCCUCCAUACAGUGCUCCUCUCUCCCCCAAGGUACCAAAGAAUGACCGGCACCCCCUGGAAGGUGAAACCUUUGUCCUGGGAGAUGGCCUCCCAGGGCCCUUGGAGCCUCGCCUGGACCCCAUGGACUCUGCCUUGAACUCUGUGCAUUCAUCCAGCCACAGCAGGAGCUGCAGAGACUUCCGCCUGCAGGGAUACAGGCACCAGCACCAGCACCAGCCCUCCAGCCUCAGCCCAGGCACCGCCGCCCUGCGCAGGAUGAGCUCCGGGGGCUCGGACAGGUACCUUGGCUCUCGGGACGUGGCGAGGCCGGGCGGCCGCGACCCCUCCUGCUGGACGGUGGAGGAGGUGAUGCAGUUCAUCCGGCAGGCAGACCCCCAGCUGGGGCCCCACGCAGACCUCUUCCGCAAGCACGAGAUCGACGGCAAGGCCCUGCUGCUGCUGCGGAGCGAGAUGAUGAUGAAGUACAUGGGGCUGAAGCUGGGCCCAGCCCUCAAGCUCACCUACCACAUCGACAGACUCAAGCAAGGCAAGUUCUGA